UCGGCGCCCAGUGCUGCGGGUUGCUUGCUUGCUCGCCUCUGCCGCGCUUCGUGUGCUCUUUGCUGCUCCUCUCUCUUUCUCUCUCUGGACCAUUUGACUUUCUGUUAGUUCUCUACCACAAACACUGCAAACAACUCGGACGUAGAAUGCGGAGUCGACUGGCCGCUGCCUGAGGCGACCGACCACCUGCACCUGUUCGUCGUUAGAAGAGCAAACCAAGCAUUGACAAACAACCCGUGUACCGGUGACUUACUUUGGUUUCGUUUGAUGCGCGCGUAAACAAUGCUGCGACAGUGAUGACUGGUGCCAAGUGUGAAAUUUCGUCGAAGAUGCUGCUCGCAGGGACGCUGCUGCUGGCGCUCGCCGCCACCGCCUCGGCCAUCAAAGAAGUUCCAAUAACCAACAUGGUGGCGAUCGCCGGCGAGGCGACCUACAUGCCGUGCGAUAUCACAACGCCGGAGCCAAUGGACGCGGUCGUGCUGGUCCUGUGGUAUCGCGAAGACCUCGGCACCCCAAUUUACAGUGUGGACGGCCGGGACAAGAACUUCAGCCAGGCCGAGCGCUGGUCGGCCGAGAACGUGUUCGGCAGCCGCGCCUACUUCAUAUCGGACCGCAACCCCGCCGAAUUGGGCAUCGACAGCGUCAAGGUCACCGACGCCGGCACCUACAGGUGCCGUGUCGAUUUCAAAGUGGCGCAGACCAGGAACUCCAAGGUCAACCUCACCAUCAUCGUUCCGCCUCAAAGGAUUGUAAUUACUGACGAGGUGGGGACGGAGCGCGUGUCUGUGGUCGGCCCGUACGUCGAAGGCUCCAAGCUCAUUUUACGCUGUGAUGUAUUUGGAGGUCAGCCGGUGCCGAAAGUGCGGUGGCUGCGUAACGACGUCGUCGUGCAGAGCUCGUCGCCACGCCGAAAGAAGCAGUCGCCUGGUGGUUUGGUCAGCGCCGAGAUUUUAAUUGACCAGCUGGACAGGAAGGACGUCCAUUCGGAACUCACUUGUCAGGCCAUUAAUAAUAAUAAGACUGCGCCGCUCUCAGCCAGCGUCCACGUCGACAUGAACUUCCGGCCUCUCAACGUGUUGAUCUUAGGAGCCAAUCAACCUCUGUCUGCUGGACGUCGAUACGACCUGCUGUGCCAGUCGUCAGGGUCACGCCCUCCAGCCACCAUCACCUGGUGGAGGAACGGCCAGCGACUAACCAAAUCGAAGGAAACUACGUCUAAUGACGGCAACACGACGACGUCGACGCUGAGCUUCACACCGAGCAAGGAGGACGAGGGCCACUACUUGUCGUGUCGCGCCGAAAACCCUCACCUUAGCGCCGACGCCCUGGAAGACGGCUGGAAGCUCGAGAUUCUCUAUAUCCCGGAGGCGACAAUCCACCUCGGGACCUCGCUCAGCCCGGACAACAUACGCGAAGGGACGGAUGUCUACUUCGACUGCCGGGUGAACGCACGGCCAGCGGCUUACAAAGUCGAGUGGAGACACAAUGGAAAGCCCCUAAAUCACAACACAGCAGCCGGUGUAAUUGUCAGCAAUCAAAGUUUGGUUCUCCAGAAAGUUGGCAGGAAUUCGGCUGGAAAUUACUCGUGCGUCGGCUUCAACACGGAGGGUGACGGCGAGAGCGACGCAUUUUUCCUCGACGUCCUUUAUGCUCCAACGUGUCGGCCGAGUCAGCCUCGAGUCCACGGAGUGGCCAAACAAGAGCGUGCAAGAAUCCAAUGCAACGUCGACGCGAACCCAGUAGACCUGAAGUUCCGGUGGACGUUCAACAACUCAGCUGACAGCGUGGACGUGGCCUCUGCCCAGAUGACUCACAGCGGCACCCAGAGCUGGCUCACCUACACCCCGAUGACUGAACUUGACUACGGCUCACUCCUUUGCUGGGCUUCGAACAAAGUGGGCAGCCAGAGACUGCCCUGUGUCUUCCAUAUCAUUGCUGCUGGUCGGCCGGAUCAAGUGCACAACUGCUCAGUCCUCAACUCAUCCACCCACUCGUUUUCCGUCUCCUGCACCGAGGGUUUUAACGGAGGUCUUCCCCAGUCGUUCUUGCUGGAAGUUAGAGAAACAGCCACCCAGGAGCUGGCGGCCAACGCCACUGCUCCCAAUUCCCCAAAAUUCAUGCUCGGCGGCCUCAAGCCAGGCACCAGCUAUCGCGCUUUUGUCUUCUCGGUGAACGCCAAGGGCAAGAGCGAGCCUGUAGUUCUGCACGCUAACACCCUUCGCCUCCCAGAGAAGCAGCUCACAACGUCAGAAUCUGAUCGUCCUCGAUCAGGCCUUAAGUUGACCCCGACAAUGAGCGUGUUGGUCGGCGUGGCAGCAGCCCUUCUGGUGGUAGCCCUAGUGGCCUGCGCCGUGCUGAGGUCGCAGUGCCCCUCGAGAGACCGACCAAAGAACCGCGCUAACCAGCAAGGAGGCGUGGACGGCGGCUCCUGCAGUAUUGGGCUGGGCCUGCUCGAGAAAACAGGCUCGAGCACGCCGACCACCCUCAAGCUGGAGCCGCUGGCCGCGAUGGGGGCGGUCAGCGAUUGCUCCCCGCCGGACGGUGCCGACGAAAAGGACCCAGAUAUCAUACCACAACCUUGCAUUGAUCCAGACGAGGUUGCCUUCAUGAGACAUCGACAGUUAGUUUCCACAAUAGACACAACACCGCCUCAUGGCAGGAGCUCACACAUACCGCCUCCAGGACAAUUUGCAGGCUACUGCACCCUAAGGAAUGGAGGCCUGGGACUGAGAGACCUUAACACAAUGGUGGAAAUGCAGCCAACAGGGUAUUCGCAGUGCACGCUGCCGAGGCCGCACCACAGUCCGUGGGGCGGUCCACCAGGGCCGUCAGUGCAGCUGGGGCCGCCGAUGGUGCAGUACGGGUCGCGGUACGCGCCGCCACCGGUGGUGCCGCCUUCCUCGAAGGCCGAACUGACGCCGGUGCCGAGCCAGUUUGAGGACGACCUGAGCGAGGCGCCCCUCGUGACCAAGAGGGAGAGCACCGUGUGAGAGACGGGUCCCGCUGCCCCCGUGAACUGCUCAAGCCCCGCGCGGGUGCCCAAGUGAGAUAGGACGAACUGUGUGGACGCUGCACGUGCUCCGCCUGGCCAGAAUUCGGACGCGCGCGUUGCUUGCCCCUCGAAUUCGCGGCUCGAUCUUCUCGGUCACAGACGAGUCGUUCAGAAAAUAGUCACGUUUCUCAUUUCAUGCAAGUCUGACCUGUAUUUUUCAAGUAAUUUGCUUUCAUUCUCGUUGUUUACGGAUCCUACUAUAUCCGCAAGGCAGCUAUGCGUUCGUUCCGCUCUAACAUGUCAUUUAUUUUUUCGCCUCAAGCAUGUUCACUUUUGUGAUGCUGGCAUGAACCAUCAGGUUUCAUUUUUCUUUCUAACAUAUUGUUAUUGAGUAUAGAAAAGAAAUAAAAUGCCAAGAAAUAUAAAAAAAUCAAUUAAAAUAAUGUAGCUUUUAAUCGGGAUGAGUUUAUGAAUGUGGACCUCCCUUAACGAGACAAAUCAAUUGAUGGGUAAUAUUUUUUUACUUUUUGAAGUUUUUCAGAGCCUCUACAACAACUUCAUCAAAUAAUUUUUCUUUAAGUUAAAUUUACUGUAUUUUUAACAAUAUUUAAUAACGUAAAUUCGCAGUGAAUUAUUAAUUUAGUAAUGAUGUUUUAGAGUUAUAAAAUAAUCUAUUUUUUGCCGAAAUAUUGUCAUUAUGUUAGAAAUUAAACUAAAAUAUACCAGAUUUUAUUUGAAUCUGUUGAGAUACCGUUUUGAAUUUAUGUGGUACAAAUUGUUACCAAAUAAUUUAUUUUUCACGAUGAUUGAGCAAGUCUUCAUACCAAAUUUAAUGAUUAUUAGGCUGAAUAUUCCCUUAUCAUUAAUUUAAAAUGCGACUCCCGAUUAAAUCAGUCAUUUUCUUCUAAUAUAAUGAAAUUCAACGCGUCUGAUACGAAAAAAAAUGCAUUUUAGAUUGGAACGAACCACGGGUUCCCUUGCCAGAAGCAAACGACGGCCGAAUCAACUGGCUCGGAGAGAAUGAGCGGACAGAGAGAUUGUUUAUGUAAAAUUUCAUUUUCUGCGAUUUUAUGAUCUCAAUUUUUAAGACUGGCUGUGCCAUUGUUGAUCCAAGAAGUGGUACUAUCUAUAAUUCUUGUUGCUAAAAUAGAGGUUUGUCUGGCACAGGCGAACUGAAGAACCGGAAAUUUAUAGAGUUGGUUGAGGAUCACGAAGAGAGAAUAAAAAUGUUUGGGGAAUGGAUCAUUAUUGAAAAGCUACCCGAGACGGAGUGAAAAUAAAAAUCUCUUUAUAUCUGGAUGUUAGGGAACUUCGAGGCAAUUUUUGUAACCCUGAACCUCAAUGUUGCAUCAUCACCACUGUUCACCUCGAGAUGAAUUCUGCCAUGUUGAGCCAAUAUCGAAUCACAAAUUUUCUCAGUUGUGCGAAUACCCCCAUUCGUUUUCAAUGCCGAUUGAUUGGCCAUCCCCCGGUCUUCUUAAACUCUGCUCCAACAAGGGGUGGGUUUAAAAUAACAAUCCUCUCACCACUUGCAUGUACAAGUAAAAUUACUAUUAAAGGAUUUUCAACAUUUUGUGUAUAAAAAAUGAGAAACAAUGUUGUUUUCUAAUAAAAUUCUGAAUUACAAUUU